GCAAUUUCGUCGACGAAGCAGCAACACAGUGGCUCUCAAAUGCUCGAGAUCGUUUAGCGAGCCUACGGGUUAGAUAGGUCCGUAUCUCGUCAUUCAAAAAGAUAUCUAAAGGGAGUUGGUUAUUAUGUUCAGUGACAGUGUUAAAGACCAAAAGAUUGUUUCCUUCCUUCAAGAAGGAGACGCAGUUGUCUUGAGAAGCAUUGGUGUUUAAGAAUUUGUUAAACAAGGUUCAAUUACAUAGAGAUCGUAUGCCAGGGAACAAGUACGACAACAGUCCAACCUAUUACUCUUCAGGUAGUCGAGUUGAAAGACUACUGAGAGAUAGGGAGAUAAGGAAAAGCAGCAGGGCUUCUCACUCAAAUGAGACAACUGAAAACAAUAAGGGUACAACUGAAAAUAAUAAGGGGACUCAGCCAUUUGAUCCUGAUGUGUACUUGAAUGAAGAUGAUUACUCAAGAAUUUCCAGUGCUGAACACUUCCCUGAAGGGGCUGCAGUUCCAACGAUAAAUAAUGAGGGGUGUGAAAAGCAAGAUGUAAGGCCUAUAAGACAACGACUAUUGGUGGUUGCUAACAGGCUACCUGUCUCUGCUGUCAGGAGAGGUGAAGAUUCAUGGUCUUUGGAGAUAAGUGCUGGGGGUCUAGUCAGUGCUCUUCUGGGCGUGAAGGAGUUUGAGGCAAGAUGGAUUGGUUGGGCUGGUGUGAAUGUGCCAGAUGAAAUUGGACAAAAAGCACUUACUAAAGCUCUAGCUGAAAAGAGGUGUAUUCCAGUAUUUCUUGAUGAGGAGAUUGUUCAUCAAUAUUACAAUGGCUAUUGCAACAACAUACUGUGGCCUCUUUUCCAUUAUCUUGGACUUCCACAAGAAGAUAGACUUGCUACAACCAGAAGUUUCCAGUCGCAGUUUGCUGCAUAUAAGAAGGCAAAUAAAAUGUUUGCUGCUGUGGUUAACAAGCACUAUGAGGAGGGUGAUGUUGUUUGGUGCCAUGAUUACCAUCUCAUGUUUCUUCCAAAAUGCUUGAAAGAACAUAACAGCACAAUGAAAGUUGGUUGGUUUCUACAUACCCCAUUUCCUUCGUCUGAAAUUCAUAGGACAUUACCAUCUCGAUCGGAACUCUUGCACUCAGUUCUUGCUGCAGAUUUAGUUGGUUUUCAUACAUAUGAUUAUGCCCGCCAUUUCGUUAGUGCUUGUACUCGCAUUCUUGGACUGGAGGGUACGCCUGAAGGAGUUGAGGAUCAAGGGAGGCUUACUCGAGUUGCUGCUUUUCCCAUUGGUAUAGACUCAGAUCGGUUCAUACGGGCACUUGAACUUCCUCAAGUCCAGGAACACAUCAAAGAACUGAAAGAAAGAUUUGCUGGGCGCAAGGUAAUGUUAGGUGUUGAUCGCCUUGAUAUGAUUAAAGGAAUUCCUCAAAAGAUAUUGGCAUUUGAAAAAUUCCUCGAGGAAAACCCAGCUUGGCGUGACAAAGUAGUCUUGCUGCAAAUUGCUGUGCCAACUAGAACAGAUGUCCCAGAAUAUCAAAAACUCACUAGCCAGGUUCAUGAAAUUGUUGGACGAAUUAAUGGCAGAUUCGGAACCUUGACCGCAGUUCCGAUACAUCAUCUGGACCGUUCUCUUGAUUUUCAUGCAUUAUGUGCUCUCUAUGCUGUUACUGAUGUUGCACUCGUCACAUCUUUGAGGGAUGGUAUGAAUCUUGUCAGUUACGAGUUUGUAGCAUGCCAAGAUGCAAAGAAAGGGGUCCUCAUUCUUAGUGAGUUUGCUGGGGCUGCACAGUCUCUAGGUGCUGGAGCAAUUCUAGUGAACCCGUGGAAUAUCACAGAAGUUGCUAAUGCAAUUGGCCAAGCUUUGGAUAUGAAACCCGAUGAAAGAGAAAAACGACAUAAACAUAACUUUGAUCAUGUGACUACACACACUGCUCAAGAAUGGGCAGAGACUUUUGUAAGUGAACUGAAUGAUACUGUGGUUGAGGCGGAAAUAAGGACAAGAGAUGCCAAACCCCCAUUUCCUAGCAAGCAUGCAAUUGGAGGUUUUCUGAAGUCUAAUAAUCGAUUGCUUAUACUGGGAUUCAACGCAACAUUAACUGAACCAGUGGACACACCAGGGAGAAGGGGUGAUCAAAUCAAAGAAAUGGACCUUAAAUUGCAUCCAGAGUUGAAGGAACCCUUAAGGGCACUUUGCAAUGAUCCUAAAACAACGAUCGUUGUUCUCAGUGGAAGUGAUCGAAAUGUCCUAGAUCAUAACUUUGGGAAGUUUGACAUGUGGUUGGCAGCAGAGAAUGGAAUGUUUUUACGGCACACAAAAGGAGAAUGGAUGACUACAAUGCCUGAGCAUUUGAAUAUGGAAUGGGUUGACAGUGUGAAGCAUGUCUUUGAGUAUUUCACAGAAAGAACGCCAAGGUCACAUUUUGAUCCCCGUGAAACUUCCCUAGUAUGGAAUUACAAAUAUGCAGAUGUUGAAUUUGGAAGACUUCAAGCAAGGGAUAUGUUGCAGCAUCUGUGGACUGGCCCAAUUUCGAAUGCUUCUGUUGACGUUGUUCAAGGCAGCCGUUCUGUUGAAGUGCGAGCGGUUGGCGUGACAAAGGGUGCUGCAAUUGAUCGUAUCUUGGGAGAGAUAGUCCAUAGCAAAGCCAUGACAACACCAAUUGACUAUGUGCUGUGUAUUGGUCAUUUUCUCGGAAAGGAUGAAGAUGUGUACACUUUUUUCGAGCCAGUUCUUCCUGUCGAUACCUUUGGUAUAACAAGAACCAAGGCAGCUGAUAGUGUGAAGUUACCGUGUGAAAGAAAAUCUUCUAUGAAGCUUCCAGCAAAUAAGAAUGGGCCAAAAUCAUCCAACAGCCGAGCGCAACGACCACUGUCAAAUUCUGAGAAGAAAAUUGCCAACCACAACUCUGGGAGUGGGCGGCGACCAUCACCAGAAAAAAGUUCGUGGAAUGUACUCGAUCUUAAGGUAGAGAACUACUUCUCUUGCGCUGUUGGCCGGCCUAGGACAAACGCUCGGUAUCUACUUGGUUCACCCGAUGAUGUUGUCUCGUUCCUCAAGGAACUGGCUGAUACAUCUUUGUAAAGCUCUUCCUUCGGUGCAUCUGAUUUACAAGCUUAGAGACCAAUUUUGGGUUCUUGAACCGUAGUGUGGUAGCACAUUUGUUCCUUACUAUUCUUGUUAUGGCCUUUGUUUUUUUUUUUUUGGGAAACUUUGAUUCGAUGGCCACAAAAACUUACUAGAAACCACAGUUACCAAUAAAAGAUUAUAAAAGAGUUACUUUCUUGAGACAUACA